ACUCACAAUGACGUCAGUGCUGCAGCUUCCCGCCGAGCUGUGGCUGCAGGUGUUCAGUUUCUUGUCAUGGAGAGACAAACUUCAGGUGCGCUGCACCUGUUCACACUUCCGGUGUCUGUUGGAUAAGUGCUGCUCCCUGUGGCGUGGCUUCAGCCUCGUGCUGCGAGACUUCUCCAGGUAUAACCGCCCAUUCUGGCGCAGCCUGGCUCAGAGGCACGUGGGCAGUGUGUCGGUGCGUUCAGGGAAGAAGAAACACCUGAGGCAGCUGUCCACCUGGCUUCCUGCCCUCCAUGCGCUGCGAUUGGACGACUGGACCGAAGGAGGCGUCAGCGAGCUGAAACAGUUCCAUCGCCUGCAGCGCCUGUCCAUCACUUCCUGUUCCAUACCAGUGAAGAGCCUGGACUUCCUGUUUCCUCUGAGUCAUCAGCUGACGCAGCUCAGCCUCUGCAAUGUACAGCUCACCUGUCCAACCUCUCACCUGUUGGCCGCCGUCAGUCAGCUGACUCGUCUCACUUCACUGGUGCUGCAUCACGACGGUAGUCUAAGAGUCCCAACGCUCAGCGGCAUCCUGACUCACCUGACCGAGCUCAAACAACUGUCCUGGACCAUGAUCACCUACAGAACCCUAUCACAUGACUUCUUUAGCCCCGCCCACCUCUCAGGUGCCGCGACUCUGCAGCUGUCUGACCUUCAGCUGUUGAACUAUGAUGCUGUGGUGACGCAGGAAGUUCUGCAGCCUUUGUCCCGCCUCCACAGCCUGUCAAUCUUCCACCUGUACUCCGUACCUGGGCCCACCUGUCACCUGCAAACAUGGCUGACAUCACUGCCUCAGCUCCGCAGCCUCAGUGUGCAUGGAGGCCAUCCUCUGGCAGCAUAUGCAGACUUCCUGCCGUCCUCCCUCCUCAGUCUGACACUCUGUGUGGAUCUGCAGCCUGAAGACCUGCAGGUGGUCUCAAUCAGAGCUCCUCACCUGGAACAGCUGCACCUGGAGCCCUGGAGCUCCUCCUCCAACCUGGUCAGACUCCUCCCACAGCUGUUCCCUCACCUGAGGACACUACGGAUCAGACAUCACCAUGUUUCGGACAGUGACUUCCUGCAGCUGCAGCAACUGCAGCGUCUAAACACACUAGAGGUUCUGGAUUCGUACUACAGACCUGACCCCACAGACCCUAGCUGGGUCGUCUACGAGCCGAGUCCUCGUCUGAUGCAGCUGAUCUCAGACCUGCAGAAACUGACCAAUCACAGAGUCCGAGUCAUCACCAGCUCACACAGAGACCCACUCACCUGCCACUGUGUCUGACCAGUCAGAGACAGUCUGACUGCUUCUGGGCAGAACAACUUGAGUGACAUCACUGGUGGAGGCGGGGCUAGUUUUCAGUGAAACGACGGAUCCAAAGAAUUUCUUUUAACAAUUUGUUGGUGUGAAAUUAUUUAAUAUUCAAAUUUUAUUAUCUCACUAAAUCUGCCUUUUCAGAAGAAAUGUGUGUGACUGCUACCAGCUGCCAUCACUGCUGCAUUAUGGGUAAAGGUGAAUGUUGAUUUGCUUCACAUUUUUACAGAUAAAUUAACAGUUUAAGAAUUUGAAUACAUGCACCAAAAAGUCUUUAAGACAAAAACCCAGAAUGUAAAAGAAACAAAAUGUUUCAAUAAAUGUUAUGAGAUAUAAUGUGACAAUGAGACACAACAGGAAACAACUUUUGUCUAUGUAAAGAUAUAGAUGCGUCACGGCGUCCAGAGCAGAGAGUGAAGGCCUGUGCAUAUUCUCAUUUGUCCAGGUCAUAGUAUCCUAAAGGAGUUUUAAAUCGAAAAAACAACUGGACUUGAUUAUUUGUCUGGGAAGACGUUUCACCUCUCAUCCAAGAGGCUUCAUCAGUUCAUGUACGCAUCUGACCAGGCUGGGACAGAGAGUGAAGCCACACUCCUCUGUGUGUGUCGUAAUCUGAUCUGGUCUUUGUUUUGGUAGCCGCCACCGUAUGCAUGUGUAUGUUAGUGCACAUACGUGUUAGUUUCAGCGUUCAAGUGAAAGUGACCUUCCAGAAUUUCCUCCACUGAAGAAGAAACCACAUUUUUAUCUAAAAAGGCUUCAGACACAGAAAGAGAUGAGACCAGAUCACAGGUGGACUGGACUGAGGACUACUGGCACAGAUCCUGGUAGGCCGGUGGAUCGUCAAAACAUCCAUAAAGGUUUUAAAGUCUUUACUGGCUCUGUCAGUGUCAUUCAUGUGGCUGGUCCCAGUGGAUCAGUCCAGGGCUGAAUUUCUGUCCCAGUCCAGCCAUGGAGCCGAUACUGGUCUGGGUUACUGAGAGGAGAACCCUACAAGCUGCUAAAGGGUCCAGCUGGACUCAGAACUGUUUUUUCUUUGUUUUAUGCUAAAAUAAAAAAAUAAUUUUUCCCUCAUCAGUCAAUUUUCCAUAAUGACAAAGUCUAAACAGAAUUUUAGACAUUUUUGCAAAUGUGUUAAAAACAAGAAACUGAAAUGUCACAUAACGCAGGGAACACUUCCUGCGUUGUGUGAGCUGAGCUGCUGUGGACAAUCGUGUGUGUCUCUGCUGCUGCUGCUGCUGCUGCUGCUCUGUCUACAUAGAGUUUACUGAAUGUUGGAUUUGAUUUCUCUUCAUUAUAAAUUAAUUUCUGGUUUAGUUUGACAGAAAGGAGAUUGUAAGAUUGUGAAUUCAUUCAUUAGAAGGACCUUUUAUGGUUACUUAUAGAUUUUACAUAGGCAUUUGGUACAGCAGCAGCUGUGCUAAUUACUGAGUAUAAUCUUACCAAUGAAAUGUUCCUGCAUGUGAAAUGAUGGCCAUGGCCAUUGCCUUGAAGUGAGUAGAGGACAGGGAGAGUGGGAACUACACCAGAUUUUUGUACAGAUUAUUGUUUGAAAUACUAAAAUCAAUAUCCAGAAAUCCUCCAAUGUGAUUGUUUUUAGUUUUGUGCCGCUGCUCAUGUUGGGAUUCAUUUAACCCAUUUAUUAGUACUAAACACACACAGAGGUGCCUUGCUCAACGACACUUCAGUCAUGGAUGUUGAGGGAGGGGAAAGUGCUCUUAAUUCACUCCCCCCAACCACUUUUCUGUCUGAAGCGUCUCACACAGUAGUCACAUUAAUGUAGAUAUUAAUAUAAAUAUUAAUAUGUCAGAAGUGAAUGCUGUGAUUUAUGGACUGAUGAAAAAGAGAUGGCAGAAUGAAUGGAAGAAAGACAAUAAAGGAGAAAUCUUAAAAAAAAAUUAACCUUUAGUUGGGAGUGAGGGUCUGGAUGAAAUAUUAUAUGAUAAUAACCAUUGAAAAUGUGAAUAUUGUGGAGA